UGGCCAGAAGUGUUUAAUCAGUUAAAGGUUUUGUUUUAAACUUCUCUUAGAUUACAUAUGUAAUGGAAGGUGUUCAAAGACACAUCAUCACAAGAACUGCGUACAAAAACCUUAUGUUAAUUCACAGUCGCCUUUCCUGAUCACACUAAGCCAAUGGGUAAUCAUCGGCGGUCUAAAAAGGCCACAUUUACAUCAAAAUAAACCCACUUGAAAAAGAGACGAGUAUCAUUAUCCAUCUGCUAGAAAACAAACAGGAGUUCGUGCAAGACUGGCAGUGCCUGAGAUGUAUUCUAUGUAUUCUCAGCUCCUUAGCCUCUUUCUCUUCCUCUCGCUGAUGGUACAGGGAAACACCAAGCAAGACAUGCACCAAGUUUACCGUAACAGCAUUCCCUCACUUGCCUACCCCGACAAGAAGCUCAAGGGCUCCGCUAUCAAGGCCGUUCCAUCUCCGAGCCUCGUCUCGUGUGCCCAGGAGUGUCUGAAGCUCUUCCCGCGCUGCAAGUCGUACAAUUAUAUCACCACUUCUAUGAUUUGCGAGUUGAAUAGCAUCGGAGUGUCGGGAUCAUUGAUCGAACAACUCGAGCAAAUGGAGCCCGCCUCGAAGACAGUGUUUACUCAAGUACUGGACCAAACGAUGCUGUUCAAGCAAUGUAGCGACCACUUCAAGUACGGCGUGACGCAAAACGGCCUUUACUACCUACAAGAUACUCAUCACAACUGGUACCCAGUCUACUGCGACUUCACAUCAGAGGCCGGGAAGGCCUGGACACUGGUUUUAUCUUUUAGCUACGCAAACCACGCUAAGCCCGAGUUCUUCUCAAUUCCCUUCUUAGAUGAUGGCUCUCUCUCAGAAGAUGGCCCUAACUGGGUGUCUUACAGACUUUCCAAACCCAGAAUGGAAUGGCUUCAACAAGUGUCCACCCACUGGAGAGUGACUUGUGACUUUGAAGUGAUAACCAUCGAUUACCGGGAUUAUUUAAGAGCGAGAAUGAGCGAGAUGGAUUUGCUUACAUUCUACGGUUCACCAAAGUGUGGUAAAGUUGAGUACAUCAACGUAAUGGGUCAUAACUGUACUGAAUGCACAGCAUCAUUCUUCCAGACGAGUUCGGCGAUAUUUCAUCAUGACAGCACAAAAAGUUCCUCCUGCACUUUUCCUCCAACUGCUGGAAGCGUAAGCAGUCAAGACAACUUUGGCUUGUAUGAGUACGCAAACUCGAAUUUUCGCUGCUCGUCUACCAGUCAGGCAACGACAAACUACUGGUUUGGAGCGGAGAUCUAAACAAUCAAAAACCAACUCUUUGCUGUAUAAUAGAGAAACGAUGCGGGAAAAUAUUGUAGAUGCAUCGCCAUCCUGAGGCCCGAGACAAGCUGUCUUGCAUCACAUAUUCCCCAAAUAAUAGCUGACCAUUGCGUUUGUCAAUACUGCAAGGGGUUCUCGAGUCCCUUACAAGACCAGCAGUGGGGUUGGCGCGUCUUCAACAGAUCCGACGGGGUUUCAAAGAAUUUGGUAGAUCACGAGGUAAUGGAAGGGAUAGUUAUUAUCUCGGCAAAGCAUCAACAUAGCGAUACGAACAAUUACAAUAAAAAAUGUUAGAGCUUUAGUAUAAACACUACCCUGGAGAAGUCUUUGGCAGAGUCGAAUUCCAGUUUUAGGUGUAUUGUAUUCAUUCUUCUGGUUCACGAACACGACUAUUUGGGCUUUUUGUAUUUAUUAGCUAAUCAUUCUGUUUAUAUAUGUCGCGUAAAAACCAGCCUGUAGGGCUGCUGCCUACCUACGCUGUAUUUACGCUGAGAUGGCUAGCAGUCAUUCAUCAGCACUUACCGAUUUACACUUGACAGUAGAAUCUGGACAAUACCCGCCGUCCAGCACGACCAGGUAGACAUUGGUAUCCGCCACAGUUACCAUGAUGUAGCUUCCACAGCGAAGUCUCCCUUCCACUUUACCACUGAGAGAGUAAACAGUUAAUUCAGUACGUACACUAGAGGCGCACUCAGUACGUACACUGAGAGGCGCUAGUGAUACAAUGUUAAAAAUGUUAUGUGCACAUACAUGGGAGGCUGGGGUACGCAGUGUGCAAGGAUUGUGGAUACGGACUGUUUGGAUGAUAUGGAGCACACCCUUAUGUUGCAUUUAGAUCCAAAGUGGAAAGCCUUACAAUAAUCAUUAAACAAAAAGAUAAUUAUUAGCACGUAACUCAUGGGUUUCUGCUGAUCAUUCAGAGUUAAUUUUCAUGUCCGAUAAUAAGUAGAAUAGUGUAGAUUGCUAAGACUUUGAAUAGAGAUUUAUUAAGAGAAUGGGAUGAGAGUCGACUCUGAUUGCGGGCGCACCCUUUCACAAGUGCAGGACAAGACUCACAAACAAGACGACUCACACCCUGGUAUGACAUCAGCUAUUUUGUAGUUUAUAUUUAACUAUUUGAGUAAAUAAAAAAUGGGGGUAACCGA